AUGUCAAAUCAACCAGCAGACACCCUCAAAACUCUCAUUGACUCAGGAGCCACGUCAAACUUUAUCUCCCCUUUGAUUGUGGAAAAAUAUAAAAUACCAAAAACCCAACUCAAAAAUCCACAAGUUGUUCAGCUCACGGUCUUGGCCAAUGGCCAUUCACACACCAUCCCCUUCCUAGUCUGCCCCAUUGGGAACACCUCCGCUAUCCUAGGGAUGACCUGGCUUACAUCAGAAUCCCCACUCAUUGAUUGGCAACAGGGAACAGUCACAUUCCCUGAACAGGCCCAAAUUGCCUUGGAAGAAGAAGCAGACCCUAAUCCUUUAGCAGACCUCCCCCCUCAGUAUCACAAGGAGUAUGAUAUCUCAAUUGACCUCACUCUGGAUGCCAAACUCACAACAGGUCCAAUCUACGGCAUGACCAAUGCGGAAUCUAAGGCACUGAAGCAACAUAUUGACAAAGAACUAGCCACGGGCAAGAUCCGCCCCAGUACUUCAUCAGCAGGUGCCCCGGUAAUGUUUGUAAAGAAGGCAGACAGCUCCCUACAACUGGUUGUGGACUAUUGGAAACUGAAUGACGUUACCCAGAAAAAUGUCUACCCACUCCCCAGACAGGAUGACCUUAUGGCCAAACUUAGAAACGCUAAAAUGUUCACUAAGCUAGAUUUGCACUGGGGUUACAACAAUGUCAGGAUCAAGGAAGGGGACAAAUGGAAGACUGCCUUCAGGACUAAAUAUGGCCUAUUUGAAUACCUAGUAAUGCCCUUUGGUCUGACAAACGCCCCGGCAGCAUUCCAACAUUUUAUGAACAACCUAUUCCGCGACCUCAUUGAUAUCACAGUAGUCAUUUACUUGGACAACAUCCUAAUCUUCUCCAAAGACCCUAACAAACACCCAGAACAUGUUAGGGAAGUCUUAUUGCGGUUAUUAAAGAAUCAGCUGUUCUGUAAGCUGUCCAAAUGUCACUUCCAUGUUACCACUGUGGAUUAUCUAGGAAUCGUCAUCUCACCUGCAGGCUUCUCAAUGGAUCAAAAGAAGAUAGAAGCCGUCACCUCCUGGCCCACACCCAAGACAGUCAAGCAAGUCCAGGCCUUCCUUGGUUUUGUCAACUACCUUUGUUGCUUCAUCCCCAAUUUCAGUUCAGUAGCACGGCCUCUCCACAAUCUCACCAAAAAGGAAACCCCCUGGUCAUGGGGUAACCUAGAAGAGACAGUGUUUCAGGAAUUGAAGUCCUUAGUAACAAGGUCACUGGUUCUAGUCCACUCAGAUCCCAAUUUGCCCUACUAUCUAGAAACAGAUGCGUCAGGAGUAGCCAUGGGAGCAAUCCUGAGUCAGCAAGGAGAGGAUAACCGCCUACACCCAGUAGCCUAUAUGUUGAAAUCCUUCUCUGGUGCUGAGGCCAACUACAACACCCAUGACAAGGAACUCCUAGCCAUCAUCAAGGCCCUGGAGGAGUGGCGUAUUUUCUUAGAAGCAACGGGUAAACCCAUACAGGUGUUCACGGAUCAUCAAAACUUGGAAUAUUGGAUGCAGGCCAGAACAUUCAAUCGCAGGCAUGCCCAAUGGCGCAUAUUCUUGGGCAAUUUCAACUUUGAGAUCCACUAUUGCCCAGGAAAGCAAUCAGGAAAGCCAGACGCGCUAUCUAGGAGGGCAGAUUACGUAGACAUGCCGCCAGAUCCAGAGGUCAUGUUACCAGCAGAGGUCUUUGCCAAUACCUCCAAAGAAGAAGUUGAAAUUGUCACAGAAAUUUGCUCCAGAGUCAGGGAAGAUCCAUCUCUGGAACCUAUCAUCCAAUUUCUCACAGAGGAUGCAGACCUUGCACCCCCCUCCAUUUGGAAAGCUUACAGGGACUACAAUUGGGAAGAGGACCUCCUAUGGUACCAAGGGAAGCUAGUUGUCCCAGACUCAGAAACCCUGAAGGAACGUCUUCUGAAGGAAUUCCACAACUCUCCACUGGCAGGACAUCCAGGACAACAAGGACGCUUGAACUUGUCAGCCAAUCAACGCGCACAUGCUCCAGUUAUCUCCCUGAAACCCUUGGAAGUCCCCCCUUUCCCUUUCCACACAAUUUCCUAUGACUUCAUCACAGGCUUCCCUAAAUCUCAAGGAUUUGACGCAAUUCUGGUAGUAAUAGAUUCCUUCUCCAAAUUUGGACACUUCAUUCCAACUACCAAGAAAGACAAUAUCAGACAGGGAACCACAUUUACAGGGAAAUUCCUAAGGGCACUGUACCAACGUCUUGGGAUCAAGCCCUCAUUCUCAUUGGCUUACCACCCGGAGUCAGACGGUCAGACGGAGAGGGUGAAUCAAUUCAUCAAGUUCUACCUGAGAUCAUACAUAGCAGCAGACCACUUGGACUGGGCCUCCUGGUUGCCAUUAGUGGAAUACGCAUACAACAAUGCUAAACACUCCGCCACCGGAAGAACCCCCUUUGAAUUGGUAUAUGGAAGGAACCCGGUCAUGAACCCGUCCAAUGUCCCAGCAAACGUACCAGAAUCUGACAAUGAAAAAAUGGCAGGAACCAAGGGAGUCACCCCGGAAUAUUCAAUUGGAGAGAAACGCCUAGGACCCUUCAAAAUCACCAAAAAAAUCUCCAGCCAUGCGUACCGCCUGGAACUCCUGGAAACCAUGAAAAUCCACAAUGUAUUCUAUGUAGGACUACUGUCCAAAGUCCACAAAUCCCCUAGUCAACCACUCCCGGAACGCCGUCCACCUGAAACAAUAGAAGGAGAGGAGGAGUACAAAGUAGAGCAGAUCAUUGACUCUGAAAGACAACAAGGAAAAUGGUUCUACUUGAUCAAAUGGAAGGGAUAUGGUCCGGAAGACAACUCAUGGGAACCCAAAGAACUGCUGGAACACAGCCAGAAAGAAAUUCAACGCUUCAACAAGUCACAACUGAAAAAGGCUUGUGACUCCGCCAAGAGCCUUUAA